AUGAUCGAAGAGCCCGUGCGGAAGGACAGCGAGAUCGGACACCCCAACUCCAGCAUGGGCUGCGGACACAAGGACGACAAAGCCAGCCUGGCUUCAAGCCAGAUAGCUUCUUUCAGCCACCAACCUCAUCAGCCCCCCGCCACUCCUGCCUCCAAGGAAGUGUGGAAAAAGGGUGGCCGCAUGUUCUCCAUCCUGCUGGCUGUGCACUUAGCUCUGCUGGCCUGCACGCUGGUGAGCAGCGGGGCUUUUGAGAAGAUUGCCGUGCACGAUUACGAUGUCUUCUUCCUGCUGACUGUCAUGAUGCUGAUAGUCAUCAUAUGGAUCAUCUUCUACCUCGUUGGCACUUCCCGGUGCCCAGAUGCCAUCCUCUGCAAAGACUCCCAUGCUGGGCCCAUCUGGCUGAGAGGAGGCCUGAUCCUAUUUGCCAUUUUCAGCCUUGUCAUGGAUGUGUUCAAAAUAGGAUAUUACUCGAGCUUCUACAGCUGCCUGUCUGCGAUCAAAAUAAUCUACCCCAUUGUGCAAGCAAUAUUCGUGGCCGUCCAGACGUACUUCCUGUGGAUCUCUGCCAAAGACUGCGUCCACGUACACUUGAACGUUACCAGGUGCGGCUUGAUGCUAACACUGACUACAAACUUAGCGGUGUGGAUGUCAGCAGUGACAGAUGAGUCCGUUCACAAAGCACAUUCAAAGUUGAAGAAGAACAUGACAGAGGAAAUUUUCAGAUGGCUCCUGAAAGUGGGAAUGAGAAGUAGCUCAGCAGAAGAAUGCAAUUGCAACACACAAAUCUGCCAGGUCUUCAAGAACGGCUACUUUUGGCUGUACCCCUUUAAUAUUGAGUACAGUCUCUUUGCCUCUGCCAUGGUCUAUGUCAUGUGGAAGAACGUUGGACGCUUCAUAGACCACAACUCCCACCACGUUCACCACCUGAAGUUCAGGCUCUUCCGAAGGACCUUCUUUGUAGGCAUCAUGUUGGGCCUCAUCAUUCUGGUGAGUGGUUUGGGAGUCCUUGUUCUUUAUGAGGUGCAGGUAAAUUCCAGCACUGAAUCCAGCAAGAAGAGCCAAGCACUCACCAUGUACUACAUCUUCAACAUCGUUUGUCUGGGCCUGAUGUCUCUUGUCUGCAUUGGUGGCUCUGUCAUCUACCGGUUUGACAAGAGAGACAUGGAUCGGCACAAAAACCCAACCAGGACCCUGGACGUGGCCCUGCUGAUGGGUGCAGCCUUGGGGCAAUAUGCUAUUUCUUACUACUCCAUUGUGGCCAUUGUAGCCAGCACACCAAGGGACACUAUCAGCGCACUCAACCUCACCUACGCCCUCCUAAUGAUUGCCCAGCACACCUUCCAGAACAUCUUCAUUAUCGAAGGCCUUCAUCGGCAACCCCCCAAGGAAGACCACAAGCACGAUUCUCACCAGAAGGAUCUCUAUGGACUCACCUUUGUCAACAUCAAUGCAGUGUCCCUCCGUGUGCCCAACAGCGGCAGCACCUUGGCCCCUAGCACUGCCUCUGGCCCUGAAGCCAUCCAUCCUUCUGACCUCGUGCGGUCCCUCACCGCCCCCAAGAAGAUGAACUGGAGGAGGAAGUUCUUAAGGGAGAUCUCCAUGUUCCUCCUGCUGAGCAAUAUCAUACUCUGGAUCAUGCCAGCGUUUGGUGCCCGGCCCCAGUUUGACAAUGACACCGAACUGAACUUCUAUGGCGAUUCCAUGUGGCCGGCCAUCGUGGACAUUUGCCUGCCCUUUGGGAUCUUCUACCGAAUGCAUGCAGUGGCCAGUUUGCUGGAGGUCUACAUCAUGUCCUAA